GCGGAGCUAGCGAGCCGAGCGGCCGGCGGCGUCGCCAUGUCUCACGGCCACAGCCACGGCGGGGGCGGCUGCCGGUGCGCGGCCGAACGAGAGGAGCCGCCUGAGCAGCGCGGCCUGGCCUACGGCCUGUACUUGCGCAUCGACCUGGAGCGGCUGCAGUGUCUCAACGAGAGCCGCGAGGGCAGCGGCCGCGGCGUCUUCAAGCCGUGGGAGGAGCGGACCGACCGCUCCAAGUUUGUUGAGAGCGAUGCCGACGAAGAGCUGCUGUUUAAUAUUCCAUUCACUGGGAACGUCAAGCUCAAAGGCAUCAUCAUCAUGGGAGAGGACGAUGACUCACACCCCUCGGAGAUGAGACUGUACAAGAACAUCCCUCAGAUGUCGUUUGAUGAUACCGAAAGGGAGCCAGACCAGACCUUUAGUCUGAACCGGGAUCCUACAGGAGAAUUAGAGUAUGCUACGAAAAUUUCUCGUUUUUCAAAUGUCUAUCAUCUCUCGAUUCAUAUUUCAAAAAACUUUGGAGCAGAUACAACAAAAGUCUUUUAUAUUGGUCUGAGAGGAGAAUGGACUGAGCUUCGCCGACAUGAGGUGACCAUCUGCAAUUAUGAGGCGUCGGCCAACCCCGCAGACCACAGGGUGCAUCAGGUUACCCCACAGACACACUUCAUUUCCUAAGGCCGGCCACGGCUCCCACAGACGCGCUGUGUCAGUGAAGACGUGCGACUGCCCCGUUGGGAAGGACAGAGAUGAGGCUCCAGAGAGCUGGCUGCUGCAGCCUCUGCCAGCUCUGUCUUCGGGCUUGCUGCAGAAACCUGGCCUGUGGAAGACGCCACACCACCGGCAGAGUUGUGGGUGCUGACAGAUAGUCGUGGUGUUCUAGGGCCCUGCAGAAAUUGGGUCUUAGGCUGGGUGGAUCUGGCAGUCAUGGAUAACGCUUGCUUUUCCAGUCAGUGCGGCCAUGGGAUCCCAAGUGUCUUGUUGCUUUGUGGCAAGAUUUUUGUGUGACUUUAUUUUUUUAAAUGGAAGCAGUUCCUGAGCUGCAGGAGGCUUUCUGAAGCCGCAGGUUUGUGUGUUUCUUACCGUCAGGAGGGUCUCAGCUGAGCACUUGUCCCUGCUUGCUCCUUCUCCCUGUCACUGUCUAGCGUUCUUGUCAAGUUGCCUUGCUUGGCGUUGUCUGUCACACACAGCUUUAGUCUCCUGACUGAAGCUGGAAAGGAAGGAGUCCCUGAUGCCGCGUGAUGGCUCAGGGAGGAGGCCUUCCUGCACACCACCUUGCUAAGUGGUCUGGGGAGAGCCGGGCAUCAUUUCUAUGUUGGUGGGAACCUGGUCGGUAAGACGGAAACUUGGCUGAGAUUCCCCUUGGAACACCUUAGUGUUUAUUAGCUUCUGACUUGUGUUGUAAGCUCAGUGCCAAAAUUUGGAGAUCUCUUGAGUUCUUCUGUUCAUGGCUUUUAUUUACUGUGACUAAUCAGCUUCCUAAUAAAUCUUUGCAAGACUUAA